ACAUAUGUGAAAAACUGGCCAGUCGUAUUAUAACAGUAACUAGUUACAUACACGUUAGGUGGCUACUUCAACAACAGUAUGGCGGAACACCCGAACAUAUUUCUAAAGAAAAGCUUUGUAGCCAUUACUGGCGCCAGCAGGGGACUGGGGAGAUCUAUAGCAAUACAGUUUAGUGUCAAGCUUCCCCCUAACUCCGUCAUAGUACUCAUGGCGAGGAAUAAGGAAGCUUUGGAAAGUGUCAAGUGUGAGGUGUCGUCUGUGGCUCUGGAUAUCAACAUUGUGGUGCGGCAAUAUGACCAGGGAAACGCAGCAAACGGGGAUUAUUUUAAAGACAUCUUCAAUGAUCUUUUACUGGAAAAUAACAUUUCUCAAAAUGACUUUGAGCAAUACAUGAUCGUACACAAUUGUGCUAUCCUUUGUGAUGUGUCAAAAAGAUCGCUGGAACUUUCCGACUCCACAUCAGUCCGGAAGUACUUCGACAUCAACCUGACCGGGAUGAUCCUACUUAACACGAGUUUCUUUCAGACUUUUUGCGGUUCUACAAAAUCUCGUGUCGUUGUCAAUAUGACGUCAGUAGCUAGCUUAACUCCCAUGCCAGCAUUGCAUCUAUACUGUGCAGGUAAGGCUGCCCGUGACAUGUAUAUGCGUGUAUUGGCCGUAGAAGAGCCGUCUCUGAGGAUACUGACGUUCGCUUCAGGUGUCUCAGAUACAGACAUGGUGAAAGAAAUGGAGAGGUUGACUUUGAAUGAGUCUAGUGUUGAUAUGUUGAAAAAAAUGAGAGCUGAUGGUAAGAUGACGCUUCCAGAGACCCCAAUUGCUAAGCUGGUCCAGAUACUGGAGGAAAACAAAUUUGAAAAUGCUGUUUACAUAGAGAGUGACAAACUAUUCUAACUCAGGGAACACAUAAAAACAUCGACGGGAAAAAAGGAUUAAAAAAUAAAUUAAAAAAAUACAUGAUAAGGUCAAAUGGAGUAAUAUACAUAUUAUUCAUUUAUGCGUACGAUUCAUCUAUGCAAUCCUUUCUCUUCUUUCAAAACAUCUUUCUUCUUCCUAAUGUCUCCCUUGACAAUGCCUCAAUUUUUGGCAUUUAGUUGAGCGUUCGCCCC